UCAAAGCGUGUAUCUCUGCCGUCCUGGCAACUUCCCUGGUUAUGGUUGCCAACGUUCAUACCCAGGACACUAACCUUCUGAGCUGUCCUGCCACGGCUGGCAUUCCAGGCACCCCUGUACUGGGCACAACGGCCUCCCUGGAAGAUGCACAUGUACUAUUGGCUAAUGACAGCAUAAUCAUGGAUCUGCAAUCUGAGAUGCUGAACCUUAGAAGACGACUCUCCCUGCUAGAAACAGCAUCAAGGUUCCGCACCUUCAAGAGGAUUGGCCAGAAGUACUACGUGACAGAUGGCCAUGUAGCUUUGUUUGAUGGGGCCUUGAGCUACUGCUCAACUUUUGGAGCUUCACUUGUCCUGCCAAGAACAAAUGUCGAAAACCAAGCACUAGCAAAGUUGACUGAAGAGUACCCUGCUCCUCACUCGUUCAUCGGAACAACAGACCGGAAGCACGAAGGACAAUUUACAGACUUGGAUGACAGGCCUUUAACCUUUACUAAAUGGGGCAGUGGUGAGCCUCAGAACACUGGGAGUGGGGAGGACUGUGUCAUAGUAAUACCUGCUGGUACAUGGCAUGACGUUAGUUGUGACAGCAAUCGUCGAGUCGUGUGUGAAAUUUCACUCUAAAGUUUGAUGUGACAUUCACCAGAAAUCUUGAGUUAAAUGCUGCACGACUACAUAUUUUUUUCCCUGUG